AGACUUUUCUCAUUCGUGUCGUAUCGUCUGAUUAUUGUGGUCGUUUUUUUUUGGAACCAAAUCAUUCAAAUGCAGUUUUUCUGAGUUCUUCAGAAUUUUAAUAUCUUACGCAAAAUAAAAAUGAGUGCAGUGAUGGAAAGCCAACGGUCAACGGUCGAAGAAAAUGCGGCUGAUCAACCGGUGUACAGUAAUCAAGGCCAUGCUGAAUUGUUUUCUCAUCGAUUAACGCUUCUGCGUGAAAGAAGCAUCCUAACGGACCUUGUUCUUAUUAGUAAUGACGAUAAAAGGUUCAAAGUUCACCGCUUUGUAAUGGCUGGAACUAGUGAAUAUUACUUCAAUCAACUGUUGAAUGCUGCUGAGCACGAGAACGUUACCGCAAUUUCGCUAAACAUCCAUUCAAAAGCUGUUAAAACAAUUAUUAACUUUUGCUACACUGGUGGCGCCGAAUUGACUGCUGACAAUGUGGGAGAUGUGCUGUGGGGUGCAAAGACUUUGCAGAUAGAUUCAUUGACAUUGGUCUGCGCGAAAAUGCUUGAACAAACUUUGAAUGUCGGAAACUGCAUUCGAUAUCUCGAAAUUGCCGAUGUGCACCAGUUUGAUAUGCUGAGAGAAAAUGCACUGGCCAUAAUAACGGAUGUGUUUCCUAAUGUCACUCAAUUGCCAGAAUUUUUCAAUUUGUCGAACCAACAGAUUGUUUCGGUAUUGAGAAAAUUGCUGAAUGCUCAGGAUGAAUUGUUUUGCAGUCUCCUAGACUCGUUGAACCAAAUCGAAAGUUUAUUUCCCGCACUAAAAUUGGACAAUGACAAUAGCCGAUCGGUCGUUCGAGCUUCAUUCGUCGCUGGAUUUUUAAUGAGCCAAAAAUUGACUUCAACUCCUUCCGUCCGAUUGGAGCCAAAAAUUCAACAAGAGCAAGAUGACAAAACAGGGUCGGAAUCGGGUUGUGGAUCGGAUAAUCUAAGCGAAAAUGGAUUCCAUUUAUUGAGUGAGGCCGAAUACGAGAGUGACACAGACUGUGAAGUCGACGAGCAGCGACACGUCUUAAGCAUUUUCAAGGGCAAGACCAUUCAGUUCAAGCAAUUGUGUGACCUUCAGCGUAAAUGGGAAAAAUCGUGCGUAAAGAUUGAACUACCGUAUGGCAUCGAAUCAUUUCGCGAAGCGACUAUGAUUCCAUGCGAUAAGCACAUUGUGAUGUUUCACACGCGAAACGGAUCCAUUUUAAGGGCAGAGUGCUUAACACCGGAAAGUGUUACUGUGGAAAGCAUUGACAUUCCGCAUGACGUCUUGUGUUCUAAUUUAGAAUUGUUUUGCCAUAUGAACGACACAAUUUACUGUUUCUCCCGCUCUGAGCAACAAAAUUUCUUCGGAUAUGAUUUGAAGUCAAAAUCGUGGUCACGCGGCCACAUAGAAAAUGUGAAAGUGGCGAAACAGAUUGUGGGAUUGAACAAUGAACUGUACUUUUUGGGUUGUGGAUUCGACCGAAGACUGGUCCGUAGCUAUCACUUACAAACAAAAAAGUGGUCGGAAAGACAAUACUUGCACCACGAACACAAACAGACUUGCUUCAAAGGAAUUGUUUUGAACGAAUCGAUCUAUGUGGUUAUGACUCGAUACGAUUCGGAAAAAAUCUACAACGGCACCGAGUUUGUCAUUCAGCGAUUUGAUGAAAUCAUCGAAGGUUGGACUGUCGUGAAAAGAGUCUACUAUUCACAAUAUGUGGGGCAUUUCAAUUUGGCUGUGGCUGGAAAUUGUCUCUACAUUUUCUACGGAGAUGGCGAAGUGCAAAUUUACGACGAAGAAAGCAACGAAUGGAAGAAAGGCCCAGCGAUCGAGCAUGGCGUUCUUGAUGUUGCGAUGUGCAUGACCGCAGUCAAAUCGAAUGCUUUGGUGUGCGCAAAACCUCAAUCGUUUUAUUAAUGAUGAGGAUAUCAAUUAAGUAAAACGUAAUUUAAGACAAUCUGACAAACCAUUUGUGUCCAGGAAAAAGAUUUGAUUUGAGCAGGAAAAGUUGAAUGACGGAAAUUUGUGUGCCUGUGGCAAUUUCAAUUCAUUCAUCUUGCAUUGUAUUGUGAUAUUUAUUCAAUUUUAAUUACAUUUAUGACAAUUA